AUGUAUUUUAAUAAACUACUUACCGUUUUUUUAAAAUUUAGUAUCACUUUACGAGAUCGAUUUCGAAUGGCACAAUAUAUUAUUUCAACUGCUGAUUUAAUAUCUCGUCGCGUAACAGUUUAUUUGGGUACUCCUAUCUUUGUUCUUGGUGUGAUAGGUGGAUUCCUCAAUGUUAUUGUUUUUCUCAGUUUGAAAACAUUUCGUCAAAGUUCAUGUGCAUUUUAUUUAAACAUCAUGGCAAUGGUUAGUAUUGGAUAUUUACUUACCGGUUUACUCACGUUUAUAAUGAUGUAUGGAUACGGUAUUGAUUGGACAAAACAAUCGAAAUUUUAUUGUAUAUUUAGAGAAGGUUUCGUUCAUGUUUGCAUGUUAAUUGGUUUUACAUGUUUAUGUCUGGCAACAAUUGAUCAAUUUUUAGCAACUUGUUCAUCUCCACGUUGUCAACAAUUGUGCAAUAUUAAAUUAGCUCGUCGUUUAUGCCUAGCAUUUAUUAUUUCGUGGCUUGCUUACGGAAUUUUAUUUUUUACUUCUUAUGAUUUGAUCAUUGAUCCUUCGACCGGUAAUCUAGAUUGUACAGUUACAAAUCAAACUUUUCAACAAUAUUUUAAAACUUGGCAUGUUCUUAUAUUUUUGGGUGUAUUACCAAUUUCUAUUACGGUUCUAUUUGGAUGCUUAGCAUAUAGAAAUGUACAAAGAUUAUCUUAUCGAACAUUACCUCUUGUUCGACGUGAAUUAGAUAAACAAUUAACAGUUAUGGUACUAAUGCAAGUUGUUUUUAAUUUCUUUGCUAUUACACCAUAUACACUUACAAAUGCAAUAAUACUUGAUCCCUAUAUCACACAAAAUCGAGUUGCAAAUGCAAUAUCAUCUUGUGCUAGAAUAUUAUCGAUUAUUUUACUUUAUACUUGCUUCGCAAGUCCAUUUUAUAUUUAUAUUUGUGCAUCAGAACGAUUUCGUCAUCAAUUGGUUUUUGUUCUUUACAAAAUUCAUCUUCGACGAUGGCGUCGUCGAAAUGUUGUUAUCGAUUUAGUAAUUCCACAACAAUAG